AUGGCGGUGGAUACCCGUCCUACAGCGGCCGACUCUGCCCUGGUGCAGGCAUACUGCUGGGCUGAGUCCCACCUGGGGAACCUCGCCCUGUUCUGUGCGAUCCUCACCCCCUCCUGCUACGAGAGCUGGACUUUGGGCAUUAUUGCUGAGAAAUGGCUGGCGGGGGGGAGGGGGGGAAAGGUGACAGGCGAGGUGCAGGCUGAGGGUCAUGGCAGGGUUAGUUGGGAGAGCUCAGCCCCAGUGAACGCUCGUGUGUGUCAGCUGAAGGACACCAACACUGCCGGUGAUCCAUCUGGGUGGUGCCAAGCGAGGAACAUGUACUGGUGUUUUAGUGCGGUGCUGAUGCUGGUAACAGUGGUGGGGAUCCCGGCACACAGCCAGCAGGCAUCGGCAGCAUCCUUCCGCCUGGUCACCGCUUACACGUUAAACCGAACUGAUGACUCCACUCAAACAUUUCUCAGAGUGGGGACCUCUCCCUCCACCCGGUCCCUUACCUUGGCUCUGCAGACUGACCUGACUAACUGUGGAUGCAAUGUCACCGGGAAUUACUCAGGUCGCGUCCUCCAGGUGACAGGUGGCUACACAGGUGAUGCGCUCAAAAUCGUGGCGCAGAGGUACCAGCAUGUGGGGGGUGUUGGAUCAGCUGAGGAGUUGGUGAGCGUAGCGUGGCACCCCGAGGAAGAGAUGCUGCUCAUGGCGGCUCCCAGGACCACCCUCAGCCUGGCCAGCGGGCAUGAGGGGCAGGCGGGGCAGUGGUGGCGGCUGUGGUUGAGAGGCGGUGAGGAAGAGCGCGGCAAGGCCUCCAGUGGUGACCCCGCGCCGCCUCAGCUUGACCAAGAGCGAGACGCAGCCGGAACCGAGGCAGGACGGGGGGUGGUGGUGCGCACUCAGUUCUCUGAAUCCAUCUUUGGCGUAUCUGUGGACUCGCUGAUGCCGGGGAAGCGUCGGCGUCUCCUGAACCUCACCGUCACGCCACACACUGGAGAACACUGGCAGGUGAGCCUACAUGUGCCAAUUAUCUCUACAGCCCUCGAGUGGGAGACGAAGCUCUGGAAAAAUCAGGGCAAGCAACAUUGGGAAGUUAAUGGGGAAGUCAAGUCUACCAAAUCUGACAUAUCGUUAGAAUUCGUUCACUUCAAGCAGGAGAAGCAGGACGAGGAGACUCAGGUCACGGAUGACAGAGGUGAGGCUGGCAGGUGUGAUGCUGAAGGUUGUGGGGACGGCAAUGUCAAGGAGCCAAAAGCCAAGUCGCGGCACCACGUCGACAGUGAUUGCGACUCAGAUUUAAGAAAAGAACAGACAGUAGACCAGAAUGAAGUUUGUAGUGGUCGAGAUCAUAAAUCAGAAGACUUAAAGCAAAAUGAUCCUGAUUCCGUAAUGGUAAAUGUAGACGAAGAAUGUUCCAAGAAAGCGGAGUGUGAUGGACCGGAAGAGUCAGUGUCAAGUGAAGCUGUUCAAGAGACUACACAAAAAUUAACUUCCCGGGUUUUCAGCCUUUCUUCCAACAUGAAGACUUUCCUCUCAUCUGACGGAGGACGCUGGAUUCGGAUCCUGCAGCGCACACACCUGGCAUUCUGUCCUCACCUUGGCUGGAACUUGAACCAAAUUUUUCGGUUCAAUCGUGACUGGACUGGGUGGGAGUACGUGGUGAACACCUGGGAGUGGGGCAACAUGGUGGUGAAGGCGGAGUGGGGCGUCUCUCUCCUGCAGUGGUAUCAGAAAACUUUCAGCUUCUCUUUCGACCAGGCGGCGGCGCUCCCCUCCACGCAGCUGGUCCUGGAUUUCCGUGACUGGUGGAGCUACAAGGUGUGGCUGAAGUGGCCGGUCCUCGCGUCCUCCCUCGCCGCUUCCCUCACGCUUGGUCGCGACAGUCACACACUGCUGGUGAAGAAAGUGGACGAGUUUCUGGGUGAGGACGCCGGAAAGGUGGUGGCGCGGGUGGUAGCGCGACACACCCCUGCUGGCUUGGUGGUGACCUUCCACGCCGACACCGCCAGCAUGCAGGAGCUCCACGAUACCGUCACUGCCGUCCUUGCUCAGGCCAUGGAGAGCCCUGACCUGUGUGGCGAGGUGCCUGACCACGCCUCGCUUCUGAAGUUCCUGCACGACUUCCUUGGACAGUCACCGGCGAGUCUCUGGGCGGAUCUGCUGCAGGAAGUCCGUCGCCUGCUGCUGGGGUCUGGCACCGAGGCAGACUUACAUCACCUGCUGGAAGUUUUCAGGGAGGAAAUGGGGACAGCAGAAGGCGUAGGAUUGUGGGAGGCAGUAUGGACGGUGCUGGAGCGGGCGGGGCUGCUGCGUUCCCGCGGCGAGGAGGUGGAGGUGGUGGUGCCCUCCGAGUGGAUUAAGCUGGCGCAGGGGUGGUUCACUUGGGCUGUCAUGGGAGGCGGCGGGCAGUGCGAAGGCAACACACUGAUGGUUAACCUGGUGGAUGCGCUGGCGGAGACCCUGAGGCGAAGUGGCAGCGGGCAAGCAACCUCUUGACCCACCAGUCGGACAAACUUUUAUGUUCGUUCUGAAGGCAAAUCAAAAGCAGGAAUUUGUUACCAAAACCAUAAAUAAAUGACGUCAUCGUACAUCUGGCAUCCAUUCGUGUAGCUGCUAUACAACACUAUAUUGUUUAUUUAUUUAUUUUUUUUACUUUGUGUUGAUUAAUUGCUUGCUUAUUCUUAGAAAAUAUGUAGGCGAUAAUAUCAACAUAAAUUAUAUACAUGUAUUCAUUUCAUUGGAACUAUUCACUCCUGUUGCUACGUUCUCAUGUUCGUUUGUGUUGAAAAAUGUUCCCUUAAUUAUCAAUACACCCAACCAUCAAUAUUAUAGUAAUAUCACAAUAAAAUGUUCAUUGUUAAAUACUGGAUCAAAAUAAAGCCAAUCAGGGACCUCGA